GCAGCACCAGCAACCCGCCGCGCCAGCCUCGCCUAGGCUCUCCCGGUUCGCUCACAGGCCGCCUGGCGCUUGGCGAGCGCGCCUCCAGCCCCCGCGCCCGUGACCUCAGCCCGAGCCGAGCAGCCACAAAAAGCCCCGAGAGGGAGAGGCCGCCAAGAGAGAGAGAAAAAGAGAGAGCGGCGCAGGCAGCUCCCCUUGCAGGAGAAGCAGGAACAAGCAGCAAGAAGCGCUCGACGCCGGAGCCCAGGGCGCAGGCAACGCGCGGAGAGAGGCAGGAGCCGGGUCGUGCGCUCUUGCCGCCGAGCCACCACCAGGAGCCGCCGGAACCGAGCAGCAGCAACAGGAGGAGGAGCAGCGGCAGCGGCUGGCCGGGCCACUAACUCUGCCUGCUCGCUCUUGCUGCUGCUUUUCUUUUGCAGCCAGGAACGAAAGCGCACGACCCAGAGGAGUGGGGGGAAAGUGGCCCGUUUGGAGAGAUCGGAGGCGGAAUCCAACGCUUCACGGCUGCUGAUGCCAAGGGCAUUUUCUUAAGGAGAAGGGAGCUGCUUUCUAUUGACAUCCGAGCAGGAGCGCCGAGGGGGCGCGCAUUGCCGGCUCUCGGCCCGGGAAAGGGACGUUUCUUCGCCCCCGACCCUCCGCGGCUCCUUUCCCCGGCAGUUUCGGAUCCUGAGCAUGUUUCCCCGGCGGGCCGGGCCCUGGAGAAGGACGCCGGCGGUGCGUGCUCUUCCCCCGAGCUUGGCUCUGGGGCAGCGCCCUUGCAGCCGGGAGUGAUGCGGCGCCCGGGAGAGGCCAGCGGGCCAGAGAGCAGCAGCUGCAAAUCCGCGACCGCCGCGUCUACGUCGUCGUCUUCUUCUUCGUCUUCCUCCUCGCUUCGUCCAGGUUAGACCAGGAGCGAGACCAUGCCCGGGAGGUUUCUUCCUCUGCGCCGAGAAGCGAGCUCGGGCUGCAGCGCUGGAGAGGAGCUCGACUAGAGAGCGAGGCUUCGGAGGCGCUUGGAACGUUUGCUUCCCCUUUUGCCUCGGCUGCGCUCGCCGCAAACUUCCCAGGGAGGGAGGGAAAUUGAGCACAGCUCCUCGCCGCUCGUGGACAGCUCUCCUCCCCGAUCCCGGAGUAAGGAGGUGGGGGUUGGAAAGACCACCACCACCACCCAAAAAAAGAAAAAGAAAGAACGGAUCGCACAUCCCCCCCGCUUGAUCGGCUACGCUACUUCCAUGUGGAGGUUGGCUCCAUGGACGUCCCCGAGUGUGCUGCUGCUGCUUCUUAGGCGAUCGGCGGGAUCCUAAAAGGUAGCAGGAGGCAGGGGGCGCUGGGGAAGGAGGGCGCGCGCGGUUUCGAACUCGGCACAUGGCCACACCUGCCGGGAAACUUCCCGCGGGGACUCCCUACAGAUUCUUUCCUCCGCGUUCCCCAGACUGUUGAUCAUACCUCCUUCUCCACAACAAAAACAGUCGUGAGUCUUCCUAGGAAGUAUGAAUUAAAGCUAAUGGUAAACGAGACAUUUCUGGUGGCAGAUCUCCCUCUUGGCAUGUACCUUGCUCACUUGUUGAGAGAAUGCGGGAGGUGUGUAUCCCUUUUGCUUCCCCCCUUCUCUUUCUCCCCCGUGACAAGACCCCCGCCCAGCUGCCCUCUUCCCCAGAACACUUUGCUGCGCAAGUUAACUGCUUGCAGCGCCCAUCCUAAGCGCCUUGCAGUAUCCCGGGCCACAGGUGGCGGGCGGGGAGAGUACUGGGCAGGUUAUUACGCGGCAGCAUCCCUCUGCUUUAUAUUGCAAGAAGUCCUGGCUGGGAAACACUUCUAGCAGGCCUCCGGAGUUGCUGCCGGUGUUGCUCUGCUGGCCCGGUCACUUGCUGAAAUUGCUUUUUUCGGGGUGUAUCGCUUCGCUCUGCAAACUGCCGGAUCCCCACCCACCGCUGUUUCGGGAGCUUCUGAAACAUGAGUCCCUUUCUAGCCCAUUAUUGUAACGCGCCCCCCGCGCACCUCCAUUCGCAAAUCUCAUUGAUUUCGGUAGAAACAUCUCCGCGCAUUAACCGUGGGUGGGGAACUGGUUCCAGAUGUUGAUGAACUACAGCUCCCAUCAUGCCUGACCAUCACCCGUGCUGGCUGGGGUUGAUGGGAGGUGGAGUCCAACGAAGUCUGCAGGGCCACAAGUUCAUCACGGCUGGCCUCUUAACAGUUAGAGAGGAUCGUUUACCGUAGCCGAAUGAAUCCGAGGCACGGGAAAGGGGUGCUGGAGAGUGGAGUUUUAGCUCGGUUUUACUGUAGCAGGCUUUUGAAAGGAAGAAAUUCCAACAAACUUAAAUGCACGUCCAAGCACUUUACUAGAGGAGCGCACGCGCCCCUGAACUAAAGCAGCAGAAAGGCGCUCUCUCCAUGUAAACGAGAUCCUUGAAUGAAACGGCUCACAUGGAUAAAGUUCUAGCUAGCAGCCUUUGCAACCUUUUGCUUGUGGCUGCCGAUGCCCCGCUCAUUAUGCUGGAUCCCCAAACUAUUAAAAUGCGGAGCGAAGGGGGCGGGGAAGAGAUGAAAUAAGGUUUCCAUUAGCUAUGUGUAGGUUACAGGAUGUAAAGGAAGGGAGUGAGGGGGAGAAAGCGGGGAGUCAGGCAGUUUCAGGUCACAAUCCAGCACACUGUCAGGUGCACUUGGUUUUGAAUGCCUCAUUCUGUGCUGACUUGUUGCCUUGGUGCAUCCUCUAAUUGUUUCCAGUGGUUUUGUCCAGCCCUUGGGGAAUCGAUGGGCUAUAAAACUUAAAGCCCACUCUCCUUGCAGACCUAGGAGGCUGGAAGCUCCUCUUGAUAAAUGUUUCACUGCAGUCAAAAAGGCUCGUGUCCUUCCCCUUCCCCAUGUAAUUCUCCUUUCUAAAAAGCCACUCCGCGAUUACUUGUUCUUUCUUUACCAUAUUCACCUCCUGUCUCUCAUUCCACACCUUCUACUACAUGCAUGCCCGGGUUUUGUCCUCCCACCAGUGCAGCGGAGCCACCUUACAGCAGGCUAGGAAUCAGCUCAGAGAUCACAGUCCCAUAAUGCUGGCUCUCCAGCCUCCCCUCAAACCCCACCACGCCACACCCUGCAAUACUUCCUUCCUUCAGCUACGUCCCAGCAUGCAGCUAUGCUUGGGGGCUCUUCACACAAUACUAAUUAUAACAGUUCUGUCUCUAUUUAUUCUCUGGAGUGAACAGUUGCACUCAAAUAGCCCAGGAGCCACGGUGUGGGCUUGUGAAUAUAAUUAUGAAAAUUCAUAUGAUUGUGGAGGUAUCCUCCACACCAUAUCAUGGACAAAUGUGUCAAUAUCUUGCUGCAGGGUUUUAUCCCACCCUUCCUUCAAGGGGUCGUGGGUGGCGUUUUUAAGUGAGCCACCCAAAACCGCAGGGUCUUUCAUGUGCUUGCUUCCUUCUGAAAUUUCCAUUUCACACAGUCCUUUCUUUUGCCAGCAAUCGCAAAGUUGUCCACGGUGGGGAGCAGGUUGUGUGUUACCAAUAUUGUUUUGUGUGACUUCCCUCUAUGGGUUGUAUUCAACUAAUGUUUACUCUGUUGAAAUUAAUGAACCCAGGUUACUUAUGGCCAUCGAUUUCAGUGGGUCUACUCUGAGUAUAACCUGUUUUUUCCUGGAUUAAGAGGAUCCAUUUGUGGGCUUUGCUUGGGCCUUUCAGCCGCAGGAUUGUGAAUUGCCUUCGCUUUCAGCUACUUAUUCCCCAUUGCCCAUAAUACCAGUUCCUACCAAUCUUGGUCCAUGUGGGCAGCUUCCAUAAUGUGCUGGCAGAUUGCUACCCACCCCAGCAACUGUGGACAUAUGAGAGAGAGAGGAAAAACAAUAUCCUGCCACAGUUCAUGUCAGUACCAAAGUUCCCACUGGGGUCAGGACUGUCUGUCAUAAACUUCACUUUCAGGGAGAUGGAGAAGGUCCUACCUACAAGGACCAUGGGAGCUGGGAAGGGUUAUUUAUAGAUCAAUGAUAAAACUACGGUUUUGCAUUCAGAAAGACCCUAGUUGGAUCCCUGGCAUUUCCAGGCUGGUCUGGGCAUAUCGCGUCUGAAAUUAUACAAAACUACUGGCAGAUAAAGGGACGCGGGUGGUGCUGUGGGUUAAACCACAGAGCCUAGGACUUGCCGAUCAGAAGGUCGGCGGUUUGAAUCCCCACAACGGGGUGAGCUCCCGUUGCUCGGUCCCUGCUCCUGCCAACCUAGCAGUUGGAAAGCACGUCAAAGUGCAAGUAGAUAAAUAGGUACCGCUCCGGCGGGAACGUAAAUGGUGUUUCCGUGCGCUGCUCUGGUUUGCCAGAAGCGGCUUAGUCAUGCUGGCCACAUGACCCGGAAGCUGUACGCUGCUCCCUCGGCCAGUAAAGCAAGAUGAGCGCCGCAACCCCAGAAUCGGCCACAACUGGACCUAAUGGUCAGGGGUCCCAUUACCUUUACUGGUAGAUAAGACUGAGCUAGAUGGCACCAAUGGAAUGGCUUUGUAGAAGGUGGUUUCCUAUGUUUCAUGGAGUGAAAGCAGCCGUGAAGCUUAGAAGGACCUUACACUUUGCUCAUGCUGGUUUUGCCCUACAGCGCUUCCUCGCCUGCCAACUCAACCUCUUCCAUUCUCCCCAGGUUGAUGACCAUGGUUGCCAGGACCUGCUCUCUACUAGCACUGCUGCUUUAUCACAUACUGCUGGGUGGUUCGGCCAGCCUCAUCCCGGAGGUGGCCGACAGGAGAAGGUUCAGCGGAGACUUGGGCCGUGUCACUCCCCUGCAACUCUCUGAAGGGAUCCUGCGCGAAUUUGAACUGCGCCUGCUCAAUAUGUUUGGACUCACGCGGCGGCCCACCCCAAGCAAGGACAUCAUCAUCCCUCCCUAUAUGUUGGAGCUCUACCAUCUGCACACCAGCCAGAAGCCAACAACUAUGGACUAUAACCUGGAGAGAGCUGCCAGCAGAGCCAAUACUGUCAGGAGCUUUCACCAUGAAGGUAAGGAGGGAUGCUCUUAGCUCCUGCUUCCACUGCCCAAGGCCUAACAAAAAUAGGCCUUGGAGAUUCCAUCCCCCCUGUCCCCUGCCCCCUGCAAAUUGGAAUGCUGCAAUUGCCAAGACGUUUGGUGGUUGGAUAUUUGGGAAGGCCCACAUAGCUCAGUAGGGGAGCACCUGUUCCCAUCAUCUCCAGGUAGGAUGCAGACAGACCCCUGCUUGAAAUCUGUUCAGUGCCAAAUGCAGCAAUGGCCUUGAUUUCUUGUGCUCCUUACACUUCACCCAUUAGAUAUAUGCGAUGUAUCUCUUGCUAUUAAAGCAGUUGCGAAUUCUUCAUUAUGCAAUUUGAAUCUCUGCCUGGUUUGGUUGGUGCUACACUGGUAUGUUCUAACGAGACAAAGCGUAUCGCUCAAAUUUGGUUAGCUGAAAAGUGCAGUUUAAAUGUACGGUUUUUCCUUCAGAGCAUCUAUGCUAGGAAGGAAGAGAUUACCGCACUGUGUGAAUACAGCUGAAGUGUGAGUCUCUCCUUGUGGUGUUUCUGCUCUAACUCCUCUUGGCUUUCUCUUAGUUCAGCGCAGCCCUGUCUCAACCAUUUAAAAAUGAAUCAGGGUUCUGAAACUAAUCUUGCCCAUGUUGACUUGGAAAUAGGUAGCCUUCUUUCACAGUCAAAGUUCACACCUGGAAACACCAGGAGGAAUUCAACAUCUCACUCCUCUGAUCAGGGCAAGCAUUUUGCAACAAUCUCCCUCUUUCUCCUUCUGUGUGCUGUGUGACCGGACUCAUUCUGGCCACUGUUUUGAAUGAUUGUGGUGGGUGGGAAGCUUUCAAAACAUGAAACCAUGUUUGCAGUAACGUAGAUGUGUAUGUGAAGACAGUACCGUGCCCCUUUCAGUACAUGCACAUUAGUUUUUGGAUCCCAAAAUGAACAGAAAUGGUUAUCUCUGCAUGGCUGCCAAGCCUCCUGGGCUGGAUCCAAGCGCAAGCCAUUGUUAGAGCAGACCCGCUGGAAUCGGUGAGACUUCACUUAGUCAUCCCAUUGACUUCCAUGGGUCAUCUCCGGAAUUACAACCAACCCAAAGAUUGCAGUUUCAGCCUGUGAUUUCUAAAAAAAAGAAAGCUAUUUGAAGAACACUGACACGUUGCGUAUCCCCUCCCCUGCAUGAUGAUGAACAUCACAGAAACACAUGGCCUUGCAUUUUGAGACAUUUUUAAACGCACAGUCCAUAGUUCUAAGACAGGGGUCAGCAAACUUUUUCAGUCCGUUGUCCCUCAGACCUUGUGGGGGGCCGUAUAUUUUUUUGGGGGAAAUGAACGAAUUCCUAUGCCCCACAAAUAACCCAGAGAUGCAUUUUAAAUAAAAGGACACAUUCUACUCAUGUAAAAACAUGCUGAUUCCGUGGGCUGGAUUUAGAAGGCGAUUGGGCCGGAUCCGGCCCCCAGGCCUUAGUUUGCCUACCCAUGUUCUAAGAUGAAUAAAAGUUUUUGAUUUUUUUUAAAGAUUAUUUAAUUUUUCUAAAUAUAUUUCUGAAGAUUGAGCCUGUCACUGCCAUUGUGUUGGCGGCAGAAACUCCCUUCCCUCCCUCCUAAAGAACCAGUAUCCCGCUUAUGCUAAUAAUGUGGGUGGCCAAUUUGCCCAGAGGAGUGUAGAGACCAGUUUUUCCUCGAGGUGAUGAACGUACAGAUGGUAGGAAACAACCUGGAGCAAAAAUGAGGAGGAGUACAAGGAAUGUCGCAUUUCCCCCUUUAAAUAGCUAGCAAUUUUAGUUGCUGGCUAUGUUUGUUUCAUUAAACCUUAAGAAUGGCAAACUACAUUUCUAACUCUGCUGAACUCUUCGUUCUGUGCCUUAUAUUCAUUUAUCAAUUUUUAAAAAUUGACUUACAUUGAUCCAGAGCAAGAGAAGUGGGUGGUUUUUUUUUUAAUUCUACAGAUUCUGUCCAGAUUAUGAGUUCCUACCAAUAAAUUUAAAUGUUGCAGGCUAAAUAGGAAAAAAAAAAGUCUGUCUAAUUUACAGUUGGCAAUCAGGGUAACUUGGAAGGAUUUCUAAUCCCCAUCUAAUCCCCGUGAGAGAUCAAUUUAACAAUCAAUUGUAUUGUCUCCACCAUGACUUUGUCUUCUGUUUAAAUCUAGAUUUAGUGGAGACCCAAGGUAAGCCCUUCAGAAAGCAAGGCUGAUAAGUUUUGGAGCAGCUGCCCACUGGAUUUCAUGGGCACCUGGGGCUUUAGGUCACUCAGAUUAAAAACCACAAGCAAAUAUGUACUUAACCAGACAGAACAAUUGGGAGUAAAUGCAACACAAUCUUCAGAUGCUCUGUUGCCACUUAUUCUUGUAUUUUUGAACUAGGCCAGUUUGCUAAAUGAAAGGCAACUUGCUUGAACUUUUAUGCAAAGUGCUUAUAUCCGAGUUCCUUAAACUUGAAUGAACUUGUCCUCAGCACUACUGGGCAAAGCUUUACAUUGUAUUUGCAAAGGGUUUUUUUGUUUUGUUUUUGCUGCUGCUGCUGCUGCCAUCUCUGUUCAAUGCAAAUCCAAAAGUUUCGCCAUGAUUGCGGCAAUCUUCUUUCUUCUCCCCUCCAUUUAUGACUCUAAGCACAUUUUUUGUGUGUGUGAUUAGCAAAGUCACAUUGAAUUAGCUAGACUUACAGGUUCCUUUCUGUGUUUCUGCAUCCCAGCCACAGAUACUUUGAUGCAACACGUGUACAAAUAAUAAGCAUUCAGAGGAUGUGAAUCUAGUGUUUUCUGCAGAAAGGCUAUAAACUUGCAGUUGUCAACCUUUUCACGGGCGGCAUCGAUGGAUUGUAGAAUUGGGGGGAGAGAGACGGAAGCAACUGCUUAGGUUACACAUAAUAUAGAGCUGGGCUGGCAAGGAAAGAUAAAUAAAUAUGUAUUUUAAUUAAGUUUCUCCACAAGGGGUGUGGCCUGCGUAGUGAUUAUUCUAACUAAUAGCAAGUCUUAAUGAGGAAAGAGAUUAAUGGUGUAACUUAAACUUGCACUGUGGCUUAUGCUGCUUUGUGUGUGUGAAUAUAAAACUAAUGAAUGGGAGAACUUCCAGUAAACAUUUCAAUUGUGCCAAAAUGCAUCUUAACGUAGAACUACAUACAUAUAUGAGUGGGCAGAGGGAGGGAAGGCUAGCAAGUGUUUCAGUCAGCUUCCUUGCUGCAACUUGGCAACAAUCCUUAUUCCAACAAAAUAAACCCUUGGGCGAUAACCCUACACCCCUUUGCUUGGGAGUAAGUCCCACUGAAGCAGAGAAGCAAUGACUUGGCUAUUGCGGUCCAGUGAUCUAUAUAGCUCAAGAGAGAACUUAAACCCAGGUCUAAGUCUUUCCCUAAGUCUGUUCUUUAUUGUGGGAAGCCUGUUCUUUCAAGCCGAUUCAAAGGGCUGUUCUCUCCCCCCCCAAAAAAAAUACAAUAAAAGAAAACACCUAAAAGCAGCUUAUCUAGAGAGAGCCGCCUUAAAACAGCAGCAGAGAUAACAGGUUAGUUUUUAAAGGCCUUGGGAAAUAGAAAGGAUGUUAGGGAAUACAACCAUUAUGGUAGGUCUUUCGGGGGGGGGGUUAUAUUGUAAACCACCCAGUGAUCCUCUGAGGAAGGGCAGUAUAGAAAUUUAAUUAAUUAAUAAUAGUAAUAAUCAUCACCACCUUAUGCCCUGAGGCGUCUCCCUGGCAUGUCAGCUACUGAAAGGCCCUUUCACAGGUGCGCUUGAGAGGAAAGGGAGUGCCUAGACAAUAGUGGGGUUUAAAUACGAGAAAUAGUGUGGAGGAACUGGUUCAAUGCUAAUUUGCUGGCGGUUGAGGGCUGCAAGAUCUGGAGGGCUGCAGGUUCCACACCUCCUGUGACCAGGAUACAGAUGUGCUUACAGAGAACCCACAGGGAAACCUGUUUUUCCCUCUGACUGUUUUGCCGUAGCUUGCUACAGAAAAAACACACACACUUAACUUUACUCUGAAAGCUCUAAAAACCUGACGCGAUCAUUUACUUUUCCUCGCAGUUCCAAGUGCCACAAAUUAUUUGAGCAAAUCGUUAGAUUGUUUCUUUAUUUCCUUUAAUAAACCCACAGGCCCUUGUUGCAAGUGCACUGUUUGCAGUUUGCAAUAUCCUCCCCCCCCCUGCUCCCCGUCACAUCCAAUCUCAUAAACCAGCCCAGUUAAAAUAAGAGGCCUCUCCCUCCGUCAGUUGAGCAUGAGGGUCUUAAUCUCAGGGUUGUGGGUUCGAGCCCCGCUUUGGACAAAGUUUCCUGCACUGCAGGGGGUUGAACUAGAUGGCCUUCAUGGCCUCUUGCAACUCUACAAUUCUAAGAUUUUGCCUCUCUGGGUAGGGAAUUCCACAACCAUGGAGCCACUGUAUUGGUCCCUGUCAGCCUAACCUCUCUCCUCAGCAAGCACAUGUCUGCCACUGACCUUUAAUCUCUGGCUUAGCUCUCUGGGCAAUGGCAAAACCUCUGCCUUUGCACCUUUGUAACCAUGCAAAACAUGGGUUCGUUGGUGGUUUUGGGGGAUGGGGCGGGGGUUUGUUUAGCUCUGCCUUUGUUUUGCACAUGUCAGUUCAAAGCCACUUAAGAGAAGUGUCCAAUUAAAGCACCAAUGAUGUAGAUAGGGCAGGAAUUAAAAACAAAUCGAAUGUGAGGUAAACACAGCGUGGCUGUGGCUUGUUAUUCUCGUGAACCCUCCCUAGCCAUUGGGUGAGCAGCUGUUUUUUUUCCCUGUUGCAAAACUUGGCGGGGGCAGGGCGGGAAUGGGAAAGCAAGAGGCAAGGAGGGGUUUGGGUGGAAAGAGACGGAAAGAUGGCAGCCGGUUGCUGGCUCUGAAAGGUAGUGAGGAGUCGCCAGAUGCAGUAGGGUGAGGAUAGAAGAUGGCCCUGGGGUACAGGGCAGUGCAGGAUAAAACACUGCAGCAGUUUUUCCUCUGAGUAAAAGGAAGCAGGGGGACUCCCAUCAGGACAGGGCGAGGAAAAACAAGGGUGAAGUAGACACCAGGGGUUUGUGGUGGGUGGAAACCCCAGGAAAGAGUGUAGACUCAAAGGACUGGGAAAUGGCUUCCGUUUUCCUCAGAAGAUGUUCUUCUGGAGAGAUGGAGAAUUUGUGGUCCUUCUGAUGUUGCUGGGACUACAACUCCCAUCAGCCCUAAACACUGGAGCAUGCUGGCUGGGGUGGUUGGGAACAGGGGCCCACAGUUCCCCACAUCCCCUCAUCUUGUUGUUCUGGCACUUUUUAGAGAUGCUUACAGAGUUGUUGGGACGUGGGUGGCGCUGCGGGUUAAACCACAGAGCCUAGGACUUGCCAAUCAGAAGGUUUCCGGUUCGAAUUCCCGCGACGAGGUGAGCUCCCGUUGCUCAGUCCCUGCUCCUGCCAACCUAGCAGUUUGAAAGCACGUCAAAGUGCAAGUAGAUAAAUAGGUACUGCUCCGGCGGGAAAGUAAACGGCAUUUCCGUGCACUGCUCUGGUUCGCCAGAAGCGGCUUAGUCAUGCUGGCCACAUGACCUGGAAGCUGUACGCCAGCUCCCUCGGCCAAUAAAGCGAGAUGAGCGCCGCAACCUCAGAGUCAGCCACGACUGGACCUAACGGUCAGGGGUCCCUUUACCCUUUACAGAGUUGCUGAGAGAGGAGAACAGUCCGACCCUAAGACAUCUUGCUGUCAAAUGCUACACACUUCACUUACAGCCAGUGCUUUGAAAGGAGUCUUACAAUGCUGUUCACAAACCACUCCCUGCCAUUUUGUAGCCUGCACCUAUUUUGGUGCCACAUGACCAGGUGGCUUCACCCUAAAGCAUGUCAGGGCCACCCCUGCAAGAGACUCCAUGUGCUCAGGCAUACAUGUGGCCUCACUGCAGAUGGGUGUAGAGUGCUCAGGACAACCACAUUUAGAGGGAGCCAGUUAUAGUUAGCUUUCCUGCAAAUGCUUGGGAGAUACCCGUUGUCCACCAUAGACUUGUGUACUUUAAAUGCAAGCUCUUGUUUAGGUGACCAUAGAGGAAAGGGACUCUGAAGUCGGAUGUUGGGGAAUAAGGAGAUACCUUUGGAUUAUGGUUGUGUUUCCAAAGUUGCGCUGGGAACAGUUAGGCUGGAAUCCAAAACUUGUUCCUUUGGAAUUUAAUAUUGGUGACACUUCCAAGUAAAUGGAACACCAACGGAGCAAAGUUGCUGUUAAGAUAGUUUACAAUAUGCUUAGACUUAGCCACAGUUGUUGCAUUUAUGCCCCCACCGGUAAAAGUUGCAAUGUGUGGUGGUAUUAUCAUUGCAUAGUUCACCGAGUGGGCUGGACACAUUUCCUGUUCGUAACCCAAUUUAGAGGCUAUCUGAGAAUAUGGAUAUUGUAUCACAUACUGAGCCCUUGGAAUAAAACAGGAGUCAAAUCUUCCCAUUGCUUUCUCUUAGAUUUCUUUGACUUGCACAUGAAUUUAUUUCUGAACCCAAAGUGCAAAUGAAGAUUCACUCCAACUCCCAUAAGUCCCUAAACAGGGUCAGGGAUGGUGGAAAUUGUAGACCAGCAAUAUCAACCUUGGGAGCAGCAGAUUCCCUCACUCUUAGCCUUAAUGCUUUAGUUAAAUUUGGCAGCAAUAGUACAUCCUGUCAAUACUGUACAGUGUUAUUGGUCAUAAGUAAAUGUUAAAUCAUGGUACUACAUUUCCCCAAAAUUUUGUUUUCCAAAAAGCAGAACUCAUACCUUUAAACUGUCUGAGAGUGCUCCAAUCUUCCACAUGGGAUGCACAUAAUUCCCCCCGCCCAGUAUGUCUUCAUCCCCUCUCCUGAGCCUUCCCCCCCACCCCUCCUCACGCCAUCCAUAUUAAAAAGAACAAAAAGGAAAUGGUGUUUUGUGUCCCUGGCCACUUUAGACGAUGACCAAUAUACUGCCUGUCUCCUGUUCAAAUUUCAGCCACAAACUUAAGCAAACGUUCAUUCCUCUGCUCCCACCUGUAAUAACAAGUAUUAUGUAGGGGGUGAGCUUUCAGCAGUUAAAAUUAGUAGUAGAUUUUAUAGAAAAGAACAGGACAAGGCACAACUCACAAAGCGCCUUCAAGGUCGGCAGAGUCUGUAUGCCUGUUUGUCCCCUAUUUUGCAGUUAACUGUUUGUAAUAGCAGUGCAGUGGACAGGCAGUAUGGAUGAUGAAUUUGCCCAACAUGUGAUGCAGCUGUAGACUGUUGCAGUUCAAUAGAUCUGUGUGACUUAGUUGCCCACUCCUGCAAUGCUGCCCAUUGCAGGAACAAUGCAAACAACUAGUCCUACCUGGUGCCCUGCAGAUGUUUAAGACUACAGCUCCCAUCAGCCCCAACCAGCACGCCUGCGAGCUAUAGUCCCAAACAUCUGGAGGGCGCCCGAAUGGUUUAACUACUAAACCCAUCCAAGUUAUUUUCAUUUAGGGCCUCCUUGAGUAAAAUGACUGGGUGUGCUUUGUGGAAAGGUCUAUAAUUAGGAGACAGGGUUUUGGAUAGUAAGUUUUGUAAAUCAUGAAACUUGUGGCACAAUGCCUUUGGAAUGGCUUUUGAGAGACUGACAUGAAAACUGGAGGUAGGGGUUUGUUGUUGGCGUUGUGUUUUUUUUUAGGGAAAUCUUUAAGAAAUGCAAUCCCUUUCCUUGAUCCUCAGUCAGUUUUUAAUUACUCUCCCUGGGCCCCUGCUAACCACAGUGUUAAAAAAUGUUCUUUAAUACCCUUGAAUUCCAAAGCAAUGCCUCACAUUUCUUCCCCCUUAUUACGACCACCUGGAAUUCACAGCGCACUCCUAUGAGAUCUGAAAUGUGUGGCAGCAAAGGAAGCAUUUUAACAUCAUGUUUCGCGGGCUUGCCUAAACAAACAGAAAGACAAGAGCAACUGAAAAAAGGGAAAGGGGAAAAAGCCUUUUGAAUUUCUAACGUAACACACGUAUUGGCUUAUGCUAAUGUUAUGGGAAAUCUUCUAUAUCUGUUCUUGUGUUGUUUAGUCGUGUCCGACUCUUCGUGACCCCAUGGACCAGAGCACGCCAGGCCCUCCUGUCUUCCACUGCCUCCCGCAGUUUGGUCAAACUCAUGCUAGUAGCUUCGAGAACACUGUCCAAUCAUCUCGUCCUCUGUCGUUCCCUUCUCCUUGUGCCCUCCAUCUUUCCCAACAUCAGGGUCUUUUCCAGGGAGUCUUCUCUUCUCAUGAGGUGGCCAAAGUAUUGGAGCCUCAGCUUCAGGACCUGUCCUUCCAGUGAGCACUCAGGGCUGAUUUCCUUAAGAAUGGAUAGGUUGGAUCUUCUGGCAGUCCAUGGGACUCUCAAGAGUCUCCUCCAGCACCAUAGGGUACUUCAAAUAUUUCGUGGCAUUAUCUGAGUUACUGAUUGUGUUUUUCUUCUUCUUCUUCUCUCCCCCCCCCAAACCAGAAACACUAGAAGAACUUCCAGAAAGAAGUGGGAAAACAUCUCGGCGCUUCUUCUUCAACUUAACUUCCAUCCCUGAGGGGGAGUUCAUCACUUCAGCUGAGCUUCAGGUUUUUCGGGAGCGCAUUCAAGACGCUUUUGAGAGCAAUGGCAGCUCUUACCACCGUAUUAAUAUUUAUGAAAUCGUAAAGCCCGAGAGAGAGGCCUCCCAGGACCCCAUCACGAGACUUUUGGACACACGCUUGGUGCAUCAUAACGCCAGCAAGUGGGAAACGUUUGAUGUGACACCGGCUAUCAUGCGGUGGAUUGCACAUGGACAACCCAACCAUGGUUUUGUGGUAGAAGUGGCUCACUUGGACCCCAGGGAGAGCACUGCCUCCAAGAGGCACGUCCGGAUCAGCAGGUCUUUGCAUCAGGACGAUGCCAGCUGGUCUCGGAUCCGGCCGUUACUAGUGACCUUUGGGCACGACGGAAAGGGACACCCUCUCCACAAGAGAGAGAAGCGCCAGGCCAAGCGCAAGCACAACAAGCGCAAGUCCAAUUGCAAACGGCACGAUUUGUACGUGGACUUCAACGACGUGGGGUGGAAUGACUGGAUAGUGGCCCCGCCGGGCUAUAGUGCCUUCUACUGCCACGGAGACUGCCCCUUCCCCUUGGCAGACCACCUGAACUCCACCAACCAUGCCAUUGUUCAGACUCUUGUCAAUUCCGUCAACCCCAAAAUCCCCAAAGCUUGCUGCGUGCCGACAGAACUGAGUCCCAUCUCCAUGCUCUACCUGGAUGAGAACGAGAAGGUGGUACUAAAGAAUUAUCAAGACAUGGUUGUGGAGGGCUGUGGCUGCCGCUGACGUGGCGGCAGGACGGAAAAUGGACCAAUGCAACAAAACAAAACAAAACUUGACACUUUAAUAUUUCCCAAUGAAGACCUUAUUUAUGUUAUGAAAUGGAGAAUUAAACGCAUCUAUUUUGAAAAAAAAAAAUCUAUUUAUGUCUACAGAAAAAAGCGAGGAAAAAAUAUUUUAAUCAGAGAAUUAUUCCUUUUAAAGAUUUUUAAACGUAUUAGUUGUACAUUUUAUAUGGGUUUAAGUGCCCCCCCUUUCCCCCCUCAGCACAUGAAGUAUAAAGGUCAGAUUGUUAUUUUGUAUUUAUUUACUAUUAUAACCACUUUAGAAGAAUAGCUAAUUUGUAUUUAUAUGUAUAAUCAAAAAAAAGCAGAAGAAAAAAAAAUAUAGGGUUUGUACAUAAUUUAAAACAAAUGGUAGCUUUUUUUGUUUCUUUUCCUUUUCCAGUGUGUAUUUAAGUAAGUUGCGAUGUGUACAUGGAAGGGUUACUAUGGCAAAGGUGCGUAAUGCAUUUUGCUUUCUGCAGUUCUACUGUUAAGGUCACGAGUGCAAGCCCAAUGAAAAGUGGCUAAUCCGCCCUGCUGACUCAAGAUUAUAUUGUACAAUUCUCAGGAAUGCUGCAGGGUGGGCUGCCUAGUCCAUGAGAAACUGGCAUCCUCCCGGUGGGGAGCAUGUGGAUAAGAACCAGACGGUUGCCGAGCAAGUAGAAAUAGAACUGCCGUUCCUCAUGAAGGUGUGACACGACCACCAACCGGGCUUCUCUAGAAAACUCUCUUUCCCUACUUUAAUUUUCGUUUUUUGGUCCUUGCACCUACAGAAAAGCAAAAUGUUUAUGCUGUUCCUCCCCUUUUAAGUAGUUCACCCAUUGGAAUCCUUGUCCUGGCCAAAUAUUAAAUAAAAUACCAGAUUUCUUCAGUUUUUAAAAA